GUCCAGCCCCUCAUUCGAAGCAUCAGCAUCAUGCCAGAGCCAGCAAAGUCCGCGCCCAAGAAGGGCUCCAAGAAAGCCGUCACCAAGACCGCAGGGAAAGGCGGCAAGAAGCGCCGAAAGUCGAGGAAGGAGAGCUACGCAAUCUACGUGUACAAAGUGCUGAAGCAGGUCCACCCCGACACCGGCAUCUCCUCCAAGGCCAUGGGAAUCAUGAACUCGUUCGUGAACGACAUCUUCGAGCGUAUCGCCGGAGAGUCCUCUCGCCUGGCCCACUACAACAAGCGUUCCACCAUCACCUCCAGGGAGAUCCAGACCGCGGUGCGCCUGCUGCUCCCCGGAGAGCUGGCCAAGCACGCUGUGUCCGAGGGCACCAAGGCCGUGACCAAAUACACCAGCUCCAAGUAAAC